AUGGGAUCCUUGGGCUUUUUGACAAUCCUACUUGUUUUUGUUGCACCUUCACUGGCACAAGUGAAGUUAACUCAAAUUGAAGCAGAAUGCGGUGCCCGCUUCACAGAACCCUACAAGCCUAUCCAACUUAAUAUACUUCCUGCUAGUGAUUGCACAUGGAACAUCGACAGACCAGCUAAUGAAACCACAAGACUCAUCUUCAGUGUUCUUAAUUUGAACCCAUCCUCAGACUGUUCCCAAGAGAACAUUACGGUGUACAAUGAGAAGUCGGAGGUCCUGGGGGUGCUUUGCCCGGAUUCUCCUAGAAUCUCAGUCUUUGAGUCCCAAGGAAGCCUAUCUGUGCAUAUCUCCACCGACGCCUCCUUUAGCCAAGAAAGAAUAGUGUAUCUCUUGUAUUAUUCUUUUGCUCCUGGUAGCGACCCUGCUCAAUGUGGAGGAAAUCUUGAAGCCCUUUCUGGAACCAUUGCCAGCCCCAAUUAUCCUGGAAGACAUCCUGAUUUCACAUUUUGUGUGUGGCACCUUGACGUUCCAAAAAACACCAAAAUACAGCUGUCAUUUACUGAAAUCUUUAUAGAAAUAGACCCGUUAUGCCGAUUUGACUUCAUCGCUUUGUAUGACGGACCCUCCACUAACUCUCCAAUACUGGAUAUCUUGUGCGGUCGCACUACUGCUCAGGUGGAGACCUCAUCCAAUUCUAUGACACUUAUGCUGAGCACAGACUACGCCAACUCUUAUUUUGGGUUCUCUGCUGACUAUAUUGUAUUGCCCCAGUCAAAUACAAGCUCUUUGACAUGUUCAAGGGAUGGAAUGACAGUAAUUAUUAACCCAUCGUUUCUGUCCUUGCUAAACUAUCAUGGUCAAGAUUUAACAUUAACCAAUACAACUUGUGGGCCUGUGUCCACCAAUCCUGUUGUAUUUUAUGUUCCAUAUGUGGGUUGUGGAACCGUCAAAAAGGCGAUGGAUCAUACCAUAUCAUACACCAACACCAUCAGUGGAUUAUUAGCAGGAGGAGGAGUGAUCACCAGACAAAAUAAUUUGGAGAUCAUUGUGACCUGUGAAUUUGACAGUAAUUCUACAGUAGAGGUCAUGUACAUGACACAGAAUGGCAUUGUUCAAGAACAGAAAGAUUCUAGCCAGUACGAUGUCAGCCUUGAUUUUUAUGAGUCUGAAGAUUUCUCCUCUCAAGUGGUAGAAACACCCUACUUCAUCGAACUCAACAAGACACUUUAUUUGCAGGCUACACUGAGAAGCCCAGAUCCCCAGCUCACUGUGUUCACAGAAACCUGUUUUGCAUCUCCGAAUUCUAACUUUGAAGAACCAACUUAUGAACUCAUCAGACAUGGAUGUUCAAAGGAUGACACAUACCACAAUUUUCCCUCUGGGAGUGGAUUUGCACGGUUUAGUUUCAGUGCCUUCAGGUUCUUACAUUCUCACCCAUCUGUAUACCUCCAAUGCCGCUUCGUGAUCUGUGAUAUCAACGACUCAGAAUCUCGCUGUAAACAGGGCUGUAUGAAUCGCCGGCGCAGAGAUCUCAGUUCACACAAGUGGAAAGCAAAUGCUGUUGUGGGACCCAUCCGACUGAAACAUGAAACUGAACAUCCCGGUUCUCUAAGUGAUAAAAGAGAAGAAACAUCCAAUGUACCACAGAACAACCUAUACUUGCUGGGAAUCAUGGUACUGAUUGUCAAUGCCCUCAUACUGGCAUUAGUGGUACUGAGAUAUCAACGGAAGCAACCAGUAGGGUACAGAUAUCAGCAGCUAGCAACAGAAUAGACGAGAGAAUGGGAACAUGGAACACUGGAUUUUCAAUCUUUUAUGAAGCCCAGAAUAUGCAUUAAAAUAAAAGCAGGAAAUAAGUUGGUCAAUUAGUGCAUUUUAGUUUAUCUAUCACUCUAUGUAUUUUAUCUAUGUGUUUGAUUAUUAUCUAUUUACCUAUCUAUCUAAAAUCUGUCUCUAUCUAUCUGCUUGUCUAUUAUCUAUUUAUCCAUUGAUCUAUAAUCUGUCUCUUUCUUUCGGCUUCUCUAGUAUUUAUCUGUCUAUCUAAUGUAUGUUCCAGGUAAGUUCUAUGUAGAGUAGCAUUACUUGUGUAAUUAUUCUAUUUUACAAUGGACCUAUAAGGAAAUUAGUGAAAUAUACAUUAGGGAUUUAGUGGUCUAACAAUGUAGGUCAUGACUGGGCUUAUGCUGUCCUAAACAAUGUGUCAGGGGCAUUUAGAUCAUUUUCGGUUUGGAUGCUGAUUAACAGGGGGAAGAGUGCUUCUGGCAUGGAGAACAGCACAAGAGACCAAGAUGUCAUGAACUUUAUAGAU